AGAACACACCGAACCACUGGUCCGAGUCAGCUGGUUAGUGUCGCGUUCACAAGACUAUUCUGCGAAGUUCGGAGAAACACCCAGUGUAAUGACCCACAGGAGGAGGCGAAGCCUCGAAGCUUAGGGAUGCGGGAUGAAAGUAGGAAUGAAGAAGAGACACCUAGCGCCGAUGUCUCUCAUGAAUCAGCAUCAGCCGAGACUCGGCACUGAGACACAGACGGCACCAGCAAUCCCUCUUCAUGGACGAGCGGAGCUCUGUAUCUCUGUGUCGACAGAGAUUGUGACAAUCUCGAGAGUCACGCAGAGGCCUGCGAAAACGCUCCCUACCCUUGGAAUCCGCCUUUACGACGGCCAUUUUCAGCACAUAAAAUUGCUAUCCUACAAUCCCCGCAAAUUUCAUCAAAUUUCACGAACUGAUGCACAGAAUUUGAGUAUUGAGUCAAGUUACUACAGAAUAGUUCAGGGAUACCAAUAGCAAAUCAUAACAGUAUGAAGAAGUUAUGGGAUAGUUAGCAAUGGAAGCGUAAUGUUCAAUAGUACUUAAUAGGCAUAAGGACAGCUGGGACUAAAAAACUGCGGAAAAAAAGGCGAGACAUAUUCAAUAUUGAUAGCGGCCGGGUUUAGACGGCUCAUAAGCAUAGGGUGGGAGCAUCCGAUGUGCUA